CUGGACCGUAUUGAGCUGCAACGGCACUCGUGCUUUAUCAGCCUUCGUGUGCUUGGCACACUCAUUUGGCUCAGGCAGAUAGUGGUCAAUCCACAGUUCCCUUGAUGUCUAGCCACAAAGAUUUUUAAGAAGACAAAAAAACUUCCUAUGCAGUGGACGUGUAAGUACUGCACAUUCAUCUCACAAAUGAUGGACCAAUCAUUCCCACUACGCAGACAAGAAAUUGUAAAAAAGGAGCCUGCUGUACACAACAUGGUUGAACGAUGGCCAGCACUCUUCACAGAGAGACAGGUGUUUGCCGAGUUUAAUAGAAUCGCCAGUAAGAAUCUUGAGGGAGACUUCUUUGAGGCUCUGGACCAGUACACCCCGCGGUUCAUCGAAAUUUUCAGAACAAAAAAGGGAACUGUUGGCCGGAAACUCAGUGAGCUGAUGCAGCACAUGAGCUGGAUGACAUCAGACGUGACAGUACUUCGCUCUGUUGUCCUCAAAGGCAUUCCGAUUUUACUUGUUGACGACUCCAGUGAAUUCUUCAAGACAUGCUCUGAUACAGCAAGAGACGAGGCCCUAGAAUGGAUCACUGUUGGUGUGCUGACAGUUGUCAGUGAAGAUAGUCCUCACGAGGGUCCAAGUUCAGUGGACCUCCAGCCCAUCUCCACUGCCAUCAUUCUGGAGGGAAUCCAUUCAAGUACCAUGUUAUGCUGUUAUGCUAAUAGUGGAAAUAGUGCCAAGUUGUGUUACAAAGAGUUGUUGUUAGAUAAUGUUGUCAACAGUGAACCUAGCAAGGUUGACUUGUUUAAAUUUGUGUUUUGGGAAAAGUUUUAAUA